AUGGGCGUCAAGCCGUUAGUGAGUGAUGAAAACAAGUGGGAGAAGCACCUCCCUGGCAGCAAAGCUUUCUUCCCUUCCACAGACUCGGUGGAGGGGCACAGCGGUGUGGCAGCGAGGGCACUAAAGAUGGUGAAGACCUUUGCUUGGUUAACGGCGCUGGCGGCGAUCAUUUUUGCUGUAUCUAUGUUUUUUUUUCUGCUUGCGUCAAAAGAGAUGUUCAACAAAUGCCGCCCGAAACGUAUACCGCUAUCGGCGGGAAACUAUUGGUUUCAAUACGAGCAGAGGCCAUUACUCACAGAAGAUGCAAACGGGAGGAACGAAGAAAAAAGUUUUCCGCCCUACGAGCUGCACCGUAUCUCGUGUGUGUGGGAAAUACAACCAGUUGUUCCAGAUGCUCGAACGUCUGCAACAAAGUCGCGGAGGUCGCUUGUGUUUUUUGUGCACGGCAAUGCGGGAUCAUACACGGAUCCCUCUCGCCUGAGAUGUGCUAUGUCUCGAGAAGCCAACUUUGAAGUGGAGCUGUAUGCGUUUGACUUUCUGCACCAGGUGAACAUUCACCGUGGUAAGCUUAUUCAGCAGCAGGCGGCUUUUGUCGCCCAGACGUUAGAGUCAAUGCUAAGAAGGGCUGCACUCAAGCGUCUUACCGACUACACAGUUUUACAAGGGGCAGAGUUGUUGAAAAACGCAUCUACGCUUGCCAAACAGGACGGUGCAAUUUCCGUUUGGGUUGUUGGUCAUUCUAUGGGUGGCGUGGUUGCACGCCUGGCGGUGGAGAUGCUGCGGAGGUCGGGCAGCUCUGUCUUUAUUGAAGGCAUCAUCACGCUAAACUCACCGCAUCGUUAUCCUCCCAUUUUUCUGGAUGAUCCCAUGUUGAGGGUCUACGAGACUCUGUGGCGGUCACAGGACCGAAAUGCGGCGUUAAACAUGUCGCGACAUCUCUCACCGCGUUUAUACUCUGUCUCCUCAGGUGCAUUGGACCUUCAGGUAGAGCCGUGGCUGACGAAUCUCAUCGAGCCGGAUCAUGAGCCAUCUUCAAGCACGAUGCUUCGUACUGGCGAUCCAAACUUUUGUGGAAGGACGUUGUCGCACACAGAGGCUUUGCGUGACCAAUGCGUGGUUGAGUUUAUCACGGGUAUCAUUGCAAAUAGAUCAGCUGGAGUGGUUCCGACGCAAACUGAUGCUACCACCAUGAAUCCCUUAGUUUCUAUUGAGGACUCCGUCACUUUGUGGUGGGCGCAAAGGAGUGUGAAGAGUCACACACUUCCUGCUUUUUUAUUAUCAUUUUACACUGUAUUGGUGCUUUCUGUCAUUCACCCAACUGUCUCACGUCUAAUGCUAAAUGGUAGCUGUAGCUCGGCCUCCAGAACCUUUGGUUUUAGUUGGGGGCAUCACCUGGUGAUGCUGCUGCGGAUAUUCACGAUGGGUGGUGUAGUGAUUGCUGCUCUGCUUGUAAGUAUUAUUGGUCAUCUAGUCCUUGUGCAGCUUCGCUGUUGUUUGUUUCCUUGGUCUGAAAUGUGCAGCCUUCCGUGGGUUGCUGACGAUCUUGCAUGCAGUACUACAACGGACUGGGGUCAUUUGCCCUUAUUGCUUAUUGCUUGGCUUGGUCCAGCACUGCUUGGGUCAUGGAUGGGUGUGGUAGCUUAUUAUCUUCUUCGUAGGUGGUUACAGCUAAGUUUGCGUAUGUGGACGGUGUUCCGCUCAAUCUGUCAUUCUAGAUUUUGUUUUGUAUGCCGUUUUCUGCCAAGAAGAAAUAUGUGGCGUUUUUUUUUCUGCUACUGUACUCUAUUACAGUGGUGGUGUGUACCAUUUCCUUGGAGCUCUAUCAACGCAACUUUAUGUGGCUUGGUUUUAUAUUACUAUUGA